UUCAUGUUUGAAUGAAAAAUAAAUUGGUCACAGAGUAUUUGUUUGAAGAUUUAAUGUAUGCUUAUUUAUAUAUUAUUAGACAGGCAUGGGGUCCAUGUCCAUAAACAUGAAUUAAUCUAAAGUUGUAAACAAGCCAAAUUACAGCAGAGUAAUCCAUCAAUUUUAUAUAAUCUCACCUAAACCAUUCCACACCUUUCUCUGCAAACAGUUUUAGCACCACCAAAUGUGUGUUUCUCACGGCCAUCUUCUUUUAUUUAACUUAUAUGGUUUUCUUAAUUAUGCUGUAAAGGUGUGAACGGAACAGUAUAUAAACCGUCUCAUUUUGCAAUGGUGACAAGUUGAGGAGAAAGAGGCUCCAUCAUGUUGACUCUCGUGCUGCUCUGUGCUGUGAUAACCUUCUGCAGGGUACAAGGCUGGGGAACAACAGAGCAGCCUUCAUGUCGUUACAACUGUGGCUACAACCUGGGAACCUGCUCCUGCACGAGCUCCUGCACAUACUAUGGCAGUUGUUGCUCUGACUAUCAAUCUUACUGUGAAAGAACAACUGAACCUCCCACUGAAGGUAUUCAACUUUAUUAAGGAAAAGCAAUGUUGUAGUAAAAAAAAAAUUGACCUAAUGUGAAUAUAACUUUCUGUGGUUCUUUUUCCCUCAACAGUGUCCACACAAGGUAUAAAGCAAGAAAAACAUAAUAUAAUAAAGAUAUUUCAUAUUCAUACUUAAAAAUGAGGUUACUUUAUGUGGCGUGUCUCAGGUCGUUCAUGUCGUUAUAACUGUGGAGUACACUUGGGAAGUUGCUCCUGCAGCUACUCUUGUCAAUACUAUGGCAACUGUUGCUAUGACUACUACUCUUACUGCGGAACGCAAACAACGACAACUACAGCUACAACUACAUCAACGCGUAUAACUCAUUCAGAACACCGUUCAUGUCGCUACAACUGUGGACACUACAUGGGGAGCUGCUCCUGCAGCAGCUCUUGUCAAUACUAUGGCAACUGUUGUAAUGAUUACUAUGAUUACUGCUCACAUACUACAAUGAGACCUUCACCUACAGAAACUCUUCCUUCAUGUCGCUACAACUGUGGCUCUUAUUUUGGAAGCUGCUCUUGCUCUAGCUCUUGUCGAUACUAUGGAAACUGUUGCCCUGACUUCUACUCUUACUGUGACAGUGGAACUACACCUCCACCCCCCAGCCAAACCACAGAACAACCUUCAUGCCGCUACAACUGUGGGCACCACAUGGGGAGCUGCUCCUGCAGCAGCUCUUGUGAAUACUAUGGCAACUGUUGCCACGAUUACUACUCUUUCUGCUAUAACCAUACCACCAGCAGCCCAGGAGCAAGCUGUGGAGGCUCUCUGUUUGGCUCAGGCUCCUUCUCCAGCCCUAAUUACCCUUACCACUAUCCAGACAACUCCAACUGUGUCUGGCAGAUCAGGGCAUCAUCUGACCAGAACAUCUAUCUCACAUUCACAUACCUGGAACUGGAAAACUGCUGUGGUUGUGACUAUAUUAAUGUCUACGAUGGACCAUCUGUAGGGUCUAAGCUCUUGGGAAAAGUUUGUAAUAGUAACAGUAACAGUAGCCAGAGUUCUUUCCACUCCUCCUCCAACUAUUUGACUGUGCACUUCCGCACUGACAGCUCGGUGGUAGGACAUGGAUUUAAUGCAGAGUUUACAAGCUCCCUAUCAUCUGGCCUAGGUCGAGUGGACUGCUCCUCAGACAACAUGAACAUUGUGAUUUCCAGGAGCUACCUUAACUCAGUUGGUGUCGAUGGCUACAAUCUGUUUUUAAACGACCAGUACUGCAGACCUGAAAUCUCCUAUUACAAUGUGGUCUUCAAAUUUCCCAUUAACACAUGUGGUACUGUCCGGCAGUUUGACCAUGGCCAAAUCGUGUACACCAAUGCCCUCCGUGCCUUUUCCUCUGACUAUGGGGAGAUCACUCGUCAGUCUCUGUUCAGACUGAAUGUGAGCUGCCGAAUGGAGCAGGACUCUGUUUCUCAGAUCAUUUAUGAAGUCAAACACAAUGACAAUGUUAGCAUCUCUGGGUCUGGUAGAUUCAAUACAUCAAUGGCCUUCUACACAUCUAGCAACUUCUACUACCAGGUUACCCAAGUGCCAUAUGAGGUGAAGCUCAACCAAUAUCUGUAUGUCCAAGUGAGCAUGAGGCGUGGAGACAGCUCCUUGGUAGUGUUUCUGGAUACUUGUGUGGCCUCUCCCUCACCCCAUGAUUUCCACAACAGAUCCUAUGACUUGAUUCGCAAUGGAUGCCGAGUUGACUCCACCUUCUACUCAUACUCCUCUGGCACCAGGCCCUAUGCACAAUUCAGAUUUAGUGCCUUCCAGUUCCUGCGUGCCACUGACCACGUGUACCUUCAGUGUACAGUGUUCAUCUGUCCAGCCUCUGACUACAACUCCCGCUGUCGCCGAGGCUGCAACCGAAGAGUGGCCCGAGAGGUGGGCUCUGAGCAUGACACUGAAACAGUGGUGCUGGGGCCCAUUCAGCUUCAAAAGUCAAAGAAAUUGGCAAAGGCGACUCAGCAGAGGACCAAGGGUUAACUUGAGACUCAGAAGCACAAACCAGUUCAAUCAUUUACAUUAAUCAUCACUACUCCUAAAAUAUAAUUUAUACCUGAUUAAAAGCAUUAUGAAAAGACAAAA